AAGACACUUUUCUCAGUGUCUAGUCAAAAGGAGCGAGUGAAAGAAGAAAAUUCCCAGCUCUAAAAGAAAGCUUUUAUUUCAUUGCACGAAAUUCAGCAAUUACCAUUUAUCAAGAUCCUGGAUUUAACGAAAAUGAAGAUCCAUAUUGGUGUUCCUCUCCUCACUCUAGCGAUUUUCUUCAGUUUCAUUGAAUUAAGUUCACAAUACAAUAGCACAGCUCUUCAGCCUGGCUCUAUUGAACUUCCAGAUAAGCUGGGCCUCUGGUUCAAAGUAGCGACUAAAGAAAAAAAAAAAGCGAUUAAAGAUGGGAAAAAUCGAGUCCAGCCUGGACUACUAGAUGGGCAAAUACAGGUUUGCGUAUUAGAAGUAACAACUAAUUUUCAAAACUGGGUGCGUAAAUUAAUGAUAUUGAAUACACAAUAUAAAGUGGACACUAAGAAGUCAUAUCUGUGGACUGAUGAUGACACAGCCAGGUAUGGUCUUAAAUUUGACAAAAUCCUUGAAACGCAGUAAAAUUGACAUUUCUGACUGCACGCCUUUUUUGAUGUCGACAUCUGCCUUUUCUCAAGAAGAAGCUAAUAUUUCCUUUUUUCCCACUGUGAUAUAAUACCAAAAAAAAAUUAUAUUAAUCAUUACUGGUUACCCGAAAAGAAUUUUGGCACGGCAGAAGCGCCACCUGGCCUGGGAUAUUCAUGGGCAUGCGCGAAUAAUCGCUAUUUAUUGGCUCUGCUUAACGCAUGCGCAGUAGCGCACCGGACCAUCGUAGGGAGCAUUUAACUGAACGGCGCAGCAAGUAUAUGAAACGAAUACAUAAGAUUCUUUCCAAUUAUUAGCGCAACUGGUGUGUUAGUAGUUACGUCUGCUGUCAAAAAAAUUCUUUCCGUAUCCUAAGUUAUUAAUUUUUAUUUAAAAAAUAACAUGCUGACAUUAAUUUUUAUUAGUUGUCUUCGAAAUUAAUUUUCUAUUCUUAGGUCAAACAUGUUUAAUAAUUUGCUGUGUAGUGCCGAAUGAUUUUCGAAAGCAAGUAUUCACUAUAUUAAACUAUUUUAAGAUAAGGCAAUAAAAAAUAAGUUUAUUAAAAAUAAAAAUCUAUAGAUAAAAGUUGAUUUCUAAAUUAGUAUAAAAAGAUGGGAAUUUUAUAUAGAAAUUCAUUGCAAACUACGCACAGAAUUAUACAAACAAAUAAGAUUUAUUGUAAUUCUUUUCAUUCUACUCUCCUUGUUAACCAUAAAUCAAAAGGAUUUUUUUUCAAUAAGGCAUUUUCUAAUAAAACAAAUGUAAUGUUAAUAUAAACAAAUUUUUGCUUUGAAUCAUGUACAAACGACUUUAUAGAACUUGGACUGGAUGGAACUUUUCUUCGAGUGUAUAAUAGCAAGUAGUAAUAAUUUUCUUUAAAUUAUUUUUAAUAUGUUAAUUCGACUUCGCCUGAAUAGAAAAUUUUGUAAAGAGGAAAAUGUACUUCAGGAUUAACAAAAUAAACGGUUUCAAUAUGA